UUCGUGGCUGACUCGAUUCAAACGGGAUGCGGGUCCGGUGACCGGUACCGAACCGCUAUAUAUUCUACGCGCAGGUUGAUCUUGAAGGCCCAAGUCCUGAUCAUGACACUGUUCCUCAUUCUUCCGUCUUUCUGUUUUCUCAUCGCAGCGUAUGUUGUAUAUAAACAACUUGAACGCAUAUCGAUUGCGACUGUUCCUGGACCGCAAUGGAGGUCUUGGCUCUACGGAAACUUGCCAGAAUUGCUCAAUGGCGAAGCAGGAGAAGGCGACUUUAAGUGGCAAGCUCAGUAUGGCGACAUCAUUCGAGUCCGAGCACCUUUGGGAGAAGAUCGUCUCCUUGUCUCCGAUCCCAAAGCACUUCAGUAUAUAUACCAGACUAGUGGCUACAGAUAUAUCAAACCCCCAGGUCUUAAUGAGCUUGGACGACUGCUCAACGGAACCGGAAUUCUGUCUGCCGAAGGCGAGGACCAUAAAAGGCAUCGUAAAGUUCUCCUUCCAGGUUUUGGACGACCUGAAGCGAAAUUCUACGUACCGGUGUUUUUCACGUAUGCUAGGAAGAUGGCGUCAAAAUGGAAGGAAUUGAUCUCCACGACUGACGAACAGUCUGCUGUUAUCGACAUUCCUUCCUGGACGUCGCGUGCAACAUUGGAUGCGAUUGGCGAAGCCGCAUUCGAUUAUCAGUUUGGUGCCCUCGACCACUCGUCUAAACCUCUGACCCUCGCAUACACAAACGUUCUGUUUGAUACUCUUGCCGCACCUACCGACAAUGAUACCCUAUCGUUAUGUCUAACAGAAUGGCUGCCCAGAUGGAUUGUACGACUUAUGGUUGAGAAGGCACCAAUCAGACGACUGGAGCACCUCAGACUGUCGUAUGACUUGACCCGCAAGGUUGCAAAGCAGUUGCUGAAUGAGAAAUACGAAGCCCUUGCUGCAGACAAACCUAAGAGGGAUAUCAUGAGUUUGUUAGUGAAAGCAAAUCUUUCGGAAAACCCAAAGACGCGACUCAGUGAAGAAGAGUUACUCAGUCAGAUGAACACUAUCAUGUUUGCCGGCCACGAAACCACCGCUAGCACACUCUCCUGGACAUUUUUCGAACUUGCGAGACACCCCGAAAUACAAGACAAGCUAAGGGCCGAGAUCAGGGAGAAAGAAAGAGCAAUUUUUACUCGCGGUGAUACUGAGUUCUCCGUGCAGGACCUGGAUAGUAUGCCUUAUCUGACUGCUGUGGUGAAGGAGGUGCUUCGAUUCCAUCCUAUCAUUUACCAUAUAUUCAGAAUGGCCCCUCAAGACGACGUGAUUCCUUUGAAUAAGCCCGUGAUGUUGACGACGGGAAAGGUGGUGAAAGAGAUUCCCAUAUCCAAGGGGACGUAUAUCAUGACAUCGGUCGCCGGCUAUAAUAGGAAUAAGAGCAUCUGGGGAGAAGAUGCCCACGUCUUCGACCCCACACGGUGGUUUCGAGGCGGUAUGAGUAAGGACGUACUGGUUGGUGUCUACGGGAACUUGUUCAGUUUUGGUGGAGGACUCAGAUCUUGUAUCGGUUGGCGAUUUGCUGUCCUUGAACUCCACGCAUUUAUUGUGGAGGUCGUCAAUAACUUUGACUUUUCUUUGACCAAGGAAUCUGAGCGGAUUCGGAGGGAGGCUUGCGGUGUAAUGGUACCGACUGUGGAGGGUGAGGUGGAGAAAGGUUCACAACUUCCACUGAGGGUAGCGGUUGCCUUUCGCGACUGAACUUUGAAUUGUGUACGAAAGACUCGGAGCUAUAUAUUUUUUGUUAACGUGCUGAAUUUCUUGUCACGUCCCAUAGGGUCGGUGUUUUCACAGGAUAAUGCCAGUAGCUCUUUGCCGGUGGACAUUACGCCACGAAUGCUAGGUGUAAUCUCAGAUAAUGGAGUACUCGCUGUUGUUCUCAAUUCUGGCGCAUGUUCAGGCUGAAGUGACAGUGAAAUCGCGCCUUGAACGGUAGUACUGUACGAUGAUCAGAGUUAUCGCUGACUCUUGUGGAAUUGGUCUCGCUCGUUCCAAGCUUCGUUAUCCUACUUUUAGCUUUCCUGGCAUUAUGUGCCGGCUUACGCGUCGACUCUUGCCUUGUUCCGUCACCUUCGCGUGCACGUCCCUCAUUACGCGUCCUAUGCCGUGUCUUGGCCUACCGCUGCCGUUACUGCUG